AUGGGGAUCGCCCAAACAGCCAGUGUCCCUGCACAGAGGGAGGGGGUUCUCCCAGCAGCUAGCAUCACUGCGCAGAGGGAGGGGAUCCUCCAAACAGCCAGUGUCCCUGCACAGAGGGAGGGGAUUCUCUCAGCAGCUAGCAUCACUGCGCAGAGGGAGGAGAUCCUCCGAGCAUCAGGCCUCAUCCCUGAAGAGAGGGAGGACAUCCUCCUCACAGCCAGUGACCCUGCACAGAGGGAGGGGAUUCUUCCAGCAGCUACUGUCACUGUGCGAAAGGAGAAGAUCCUCCGAGCAUCAGGCCUCAUCCCUACACAGAGGGAGUUGAUCCUCCUGAUGGACAGUGUCACUGCGCAGAGGGAGGGAAUCUUCCCAACGGCCAGCGUCUCUGCUGACAGGGAGUGGAUCGUCCCAAAGGCUAGUGUCCCUGCAGAGAGGGAGGAGAUCCUCCUCACAGCCAGUGUCCCUGUGAAGAAUGGAAACAAUCAUCCACAACCACCUCCCAUCAUCCCCAUGGUGGCAUCACUGUGGAAAUGGGAUGGUGGAGCGUGUACUCCACCUGUGGAUUUCUAUUCCAAGAGAAGAGAUGUCCGACUUAGAUAUGUUGAGCAUCCUGCUAUGAUGUCCAUCACCAAGCCGGAACACUCCGAGGCCAACCCUCAGUGCCAGACUGGCAGCCGGCCGGUGGCUGAGCCCAAGACCCCUGCUGUUCACAAUAACAGUGGAGGCUGGCUCAGCUGGGUCUUUGGGACUGGAAAAGUUAAUAAUAAGGAGGUUCAUCUACCUGAGGACAAAGACAGAUCUGUAAGGAACUGGUUAUUAACUGUCUAUUCCAUAGACAGAACAAAAUAUAUUUAGAUGCAUUUUGAAUUCCUAAAUGUCAAUAUUUUAUUUUCUGUGUCACGUGUUUAUGCCCAUUUAUGUACAUCCUGUGUAUGUUACCCUUCCAAUGAGCUUAUCAUAUAAACUACAACGCGAAAAGUACGGUUUACUUCACUUUUAAUCAUGUUAGCACAGGUAACAGCCGUUUAGUCUUUAGUUUAUCAUUCUUACUCUUCCCAAAUCACUUAAACUAUAUUUCUUUAUUUCCCAUGGGCUUCACCAGAGUACCGCCUAGUGGCUGGAAUACAACUGUAUUAAGCCCCUUACAACACCCCCCUGCAAAAACGAAAUGUUGUCCCAGUUGCAACUGAUAUGCUAUUUUUAGUUUUUUUUAAAACAGCGGGACACCACCCUCACCUUCGAUAACGUGCUGGCUACCCACAGAUGUCCAGAGCGGAGUCUGUCGGUUCCAUCUCCCAGCACCAGCGCUCCGAUGCCCAUGGAGCUGGGAGGUGCUGCGCUCAGGGAGACCGGAGGAGGUUCCUUCACGUG